AUUAAUAUUUAAGGAAAUUUGCACAACAGUAUAAAUUUGAGUGUUAGACCGACUGUUUUAGAAAUUUUUUCUAGCGAAAUGUUAAAAUUACAAAAAUGCUGCGUCACUUUAAACAACACUAUCAAUCUAAAUGAGGCAACAGCAUUUAAAUUGUUAUUAAUAAAACAGCAAAAACAAGUACCAGCAUUACGCUUUCAAUCCACGGCCCCUGCUGCUACUGCUGUAAAAACUGAAGACAAUUACGAAGCCUCAGCAACUAAAGAAUGGCAAAAUGCUAAACCUUUCGAGGAAAUUCCCACGAUUAGUAGUUUUAGUUUACUCAGGAAUUUUUUACCCGGCGGCAAAUAUGCCAAUUUGGAUUCUACUAAACUACUGGAAGCUUUCAGAGAAGACUUGGGUAGUGUGGCCCAUUUGCCAGGUUUCUUUGGACGCGAGGGUUUUGUAAUCACCCAUAAUGUGGACGAUUUUGAAAAGGUUUUACGCAAUGAAGGCAUAUGGCCAAAUAGACCGGGUUCAGAAGCUCUACACUAUCAUCGUCAUGUACAUCGUGCUGAGUUUUUCCAAGGCGUAGAGGGUCUAAUAGCAACACAAGGUGAAACCUGGGGUACAUUUCGUUCGGCUGUCAAUCCUGUGAUGAUGCAACCGAAAAAUGUUCGUUUGUAUUUGCACAAAAUGUCACAAGUCAAUAAGGAAUUUAUAGAAAGAAUUCGCCAAAUACGUGAUCCACAAACCCUUGAAGUUCCCGCUACUUUUGAAGAAGAAAUUAAUCGCUGGACUUUGGAAUCUGUUUCGGUUGUGGCCCUGGACAAACAACUAGGACUGAUCAGAAAGAAUCGCGAUAAUCCCAUGGCCAAACAACUGUUUCAGGCUCUAAACGAUUUCUUUACGUAUUCGUUGGAAAUUGAAUUCAAACCCUCCAUAUGGAGAUAUUACAAAACACCAACUUUCAAGAAACUAAUGAAAGCUUUAGACGAUAUUGUUGAUGUCACCAGUUCGUAUGUUAACGAGGCCAUUGAACGUAUCGAGGAGGAGCGUAAGAGUGGAGUGCCCGAAAAGCCAGAACAUGAGAAGAGUGUUUUGGAGAAACUAAUUAAAAUCGAUAAAAGAAUUGCCACUGUAAUGGCCAUGGAUAUGUUAAUGGCGGGAGUGGAUACGACCAGCACAACAUUUGCUGGCUUAAUGUUGUGUGUGGCUAAAAAUCCGGAGAAACAGGAGAAAUUGCGCCAAGAGGUUUUGAAAGUUUUACCCCAAAAGGACUCCGAGUUUGAUGAGAAUGCCUAUAAGAAUAUGCCCUAUUUGAGAGCCUGCAUUAAAGAGUCUCAACGUCUUUAUCCCUUGGCCGUGGGUAAUGCCCGUGUACCUGUCAAAGAUGUGGUCAUUAGUGGCUACAGAGUACCCAAGGGUACUCAAGUCUCUUUGUGCACCACCUCUUUGUCUCGCAAUAGUGAUCAUUAUCCUCAACCAAAUGAAUUUUUACCCGAACGAUGGCUAAGAGCCAGUAAAGAUGAUGCCAAAAGUACAGAAUGUCCUCAUGCCCUUAAACCCAGUACUCCCUUCUUACAUUUACCAUUUGGCUUCGGUGCACGCAGUUGUAUUGGUCGUCGUAUUGUCGAAAUGGAAUUAGAAUUGGGCAUUGCUCGCAUGGUGCGUAACUAUCAGAUCGAGUUUAAUUAUCCAACGGAAAAUGCCUUCAAGAGUUUGUUGAUUAAUGUGCCUAAUAUACCCUUGAAAUUUAAAUUUACCGAUUUGGGUUAUUGAAAAUUAAUGUGAAAAAAGAGAUUUUUAAGAAAAUAUUUACUUAUAUUCGUAGUUAUAGAAAUUGUUGUUUGUUUAUAUGUGAAAUUGUUAUUAAUCUAAAUAAAAUAAGUAUUCAAAUUGUGAUGGCCAAGUAAUGAAAGAUGUAU